AUGGAUAUAACCUGGUCUCAACUGGGACACAGCUUCCACGGUCAACAAGAACUCAAGAUGCAAGCUACGGAAAAGCCGACUCAAUCAGGAAUUGACUUGACCCUACCUGAAGAGAAAACUCAAGAUGCAGGGGGUGCUGUGGCCGCAGCUGCGAAUGUUGCGUUAAUCGCAAGAUUGAUAAGACACGGCAGCUUGGAACUGGACUUUCUACGGUGGUAUGUGGAUGUUGUCACCAAGCUCGGGGUUUUGAGCUUACUAAAAAAGAAAAGAUGGGAUUCCUUACAAAUUUUCAUGUCGUGGACGACGGCAGUGGCUACCGCCGAAGGAUCAAUCGAGCUUCAAUAUGGGGAUUAUCUCUUGAUGGUCAUGACAGUCCUUUUGAUGUGA